CGAGGUUAAAGGAGACCGCUCCGGGGAGUAAGAGGAGGUUAUCUAAAGUAAGGCAAAGUGCAUCGUUGGUUCUUCUGGGGGUACAGAUGAUCUCCGCUGGAGUCUCAGCCCCAUGAGAGGAGCAAACCAGUCGAGUGUCUCCGAGUUCCUCCUCCUCGGGCUCUCCAGGCAGCCCCAGCAGCAGCAGGCCCUCUUUGUGCUCUUCCUGAGCAUGUACCUGGCCACGGUCCUGGGAAACCUGCUCAUCCUCCUGGCCAUCAGCGUGGACCCCCGCCUGCACAUCCCCAUGUACUUCUUCCUCAGCCACCUGUCCUUUGUGGACAUCUGCUUCUCCACCACCACCGUCCCCAAGAUGCUGGCCAACCACAUCCUUGGGACUCAGGCCAUCUCCUUCUCUGGGUGUCUCACACAGAUGUAUUUUGUGUUCAUGUUCGUGGACAUGGACAAUUUCCUCCUGGCUGUGAUGGCCUAUGACCGCUUUGUUGCCAUAUGCCACCCCUUACACUACUCGACAAAGAUGACCCACCAGCUCUGUGCCCUGCUGGUUGCUGGGUCAUGGGUCAUUGCCAACCUGAAUGUCUUAUUGCAUACCCUGCUGAUGGCUCGACUGUCGUUCUGUGCAGACAAUGCCAUCCCCCACUUCUUCUGUGAUGUGACUCCCCUCCUGAAACUGUCCUGCUCUGACACCCACCUCAAUGAGGUGAUGAUUCUGACUGAGGGUUCUCUGAUCAUGAUCUCUCCAUUUAUUUGCAUCCUGGCUUCGUAUGUCCAUAUUACCCGCGCUGUCCUGAGAGUCCCGUCCACGAAGGGAAGAUGGAAAGCCUUCUCCACCUGUGGCUCGCACCUGGCCGUGGUUUCCCUCUUCUAUGGCACCAUCAUUGCUGUGUAUUUCAACCCUUUGUCCUCACACUCUUCUGAGAAGGACACAGCAGCUACUGUUAUGUAUACCGUGGUGACCCCCAUGCUGAACCCCUUCAUCUACAGCCUGAGGAACAGGGACUUGAAAAGGGCUCUUGGAAAAGUGGUUGGAAGAAAGACAUUUUCUGUCCGAUGAGAGAAUCAAAGCUGAAUCUUAUUUUCAUGAAAACUUUUUUUUUUUUUUAAUCGACUGAGUAUCAGAGAGCAGAUGUUUUGUCAAAGGGAGUCUGGAAACAAACUUAUUCAUGUCUGUGCUAGGGGAAUGUAGAUGACAAUUGUUACUUACUUACUUACCUGUGGCCUGAAUUCACCUGUACUCCUGCUGCAUCUACCAGUAAUGAGAUUUCUUUUUUAAUGACUAACUUUUGAAUUCUUUUACACCUAAGUCAAGUGUUUCCUUUUUAAAUGGUCUGUCUGGAAGGAUACAGGUGACACAUAUUUUGGAACAUUAGAAUUACCUGGAACCUUUUAUAGUCCACUGAUGUCCAGGCUCCAACACUGACCAAAUUGAUCAGAAUCUCUGGGGGUGGGGCCACAACACUGAGAUUUAAAAAGCCUCAGAUGAUUCUAAUGUGCAGUCAGAGUGGAGAAUCUUUGGUCCUUGUUGUAUUCCUUACAUGUCCUCUGUCUUGGUCAGUCAUAAAAAUUGGGUCACAGGAAUGAUAACAGAAAUUAGUUUUGAGGGAUGCCUGGCUGGCUCAUGCAGAAGAGCCCGCAACUCUUGAUCUCAGGUCAUGAGUUCAAGCCCCACGUGGGUGUAGAGAUUACUCAAAAAAAAAAAAAAAAGAUUUGAGACUCAGACAAAAGAAUAGAGUAAAAUAUGAGGACUAAAGUGGGUAAUAAAAUUUCAGGUGAGGCUCAGAGGCCCAGGUGGGCAUGUGGCCCAGAGUUUCAAGAGGCAAAGCAGCACAGAAUGGGGAAACAUUUCGAUGGUGAGGAUCCUGGUUGGCUUUCAUACCAUGGAGCGUGGGGUCAGUAGGGCAGUCUUUGAUUCCAGGGGAGCAAAUCAACACUUCCUGUUCCCUCUGCCUGGACCAGUUUCCCCUACUUUCUUCUCUGUGGCAUGAAGGAACACACACCCCCUAACGACACCCUCCUGCACUUUCAAGAAGCAAGUCAAAUGUCACCUUGUCAUCCAUGAUGGCUCCUGAUUCUCUCUUCUGAUUAUUGAGCUCUCUCUUUUUUCCUUUGGUUUAUUCUUCCACUCCAACAAGUGCUUUCCACAGAUUAUGAACUCUUCCAUACCCCAAUUCACAUAGUACUUGCCCUGUACCCCAGUGCCUGGCACUGCUCCCAGACCAAAGCCUAGCUGAAAGGAAAAAAAUAAAAGGGUGAAUGCAUACUGCCUUAGC